CUUCUCUAAACUGCAAAAGCAAAAGUAAAAGGAAACAUAAUCGGGUUUAGCUGGUUUUAAUUACAGAAAGGCUGAGCUUCAUUUGUACUUCUCUUCUAAACCAACAUGAAGGUUUUCUUGUUGCUCUUCUUCUGCCAUUUUUCAUCUCCAGUGAAACACACGAUGAAGUUCUUCUUCACUGCGUCUUCUGGAGUCCCAAACUUACCAGAGGUCGUGGGUCUUGCUCUGCUCAAUGACAUUGAGGUGGGCUACUGUGACAGCAACAUCAAGAUAGGAUUAGCCAAACAGGACUGGAUGGAGAAAUUAAGAGACGGAGAUCCAAAGUACUGGAAGUUGCACACGCAGGAGUGUACGGUGCACCAGCAGCGCUUCAAAGUCGAAUUCCACAAUUUGAUGAAGCGGUUAAACAAAACGGACGGCGUCCACAUUUUACAGAGAUUGUCCGGCUGCGAGUGGGACGAGGAGACCGGAGAAAUCAAAGGUUUUCAUCAAUAUGGGUAUAACGGAGAAGACUUCCUAGUAUUUAAUCUGGAAACUGAAACAUGGAUCGCCCCCAAACCUCAGUCUGUGGUCACUAAACACCUGUGGGACAGCGACACGACGACAAACAACUUUUGGAAGAAUACCCUUAACCACGUUUGCAUCGAUUGUCUGCAGAAGCAUUUGAAGUAUGGGAGGAGCUCUCUGCUGAGAACAGAGCUUCCCUCAGUGUCUCUCCUGCAGAAGACUCCCUCCUCUCCCGUCAGCUGCCACGCCACGGGUUUCUACCCUGACAGAGCCUCACUCAGCUGGAGGAAAAAUGGAGAGGAGCAGCACGAGGACGUGGACCACGGUGAGAUCCUCCCCAAUCACGAUGGAACCUUCCAGAUGAGCGUUGACCUGAAACUUUCAUCAGUCGCGCCUGAAGACUGGAGGAGGUACGACUGUGUGUUUCAUCUCUCCGGUGUAGAGGACGACAUCGUCACCAGAUUGGACAAAGAAGAGAUCAGGACCAACUGGGUCGUUGAACAGAAGAUUUCUUACGCCACCGUUCUCAUCAUUGCUGCAGCCGUUUCUUCUGUUUUCGUCUUUAUGGCUGCUGUUGGAUUCUUUGUUUACAAGAAAAUAACAACUCCUGAAACAACUCUGAAUUCAGAAACAGAGACAGAAACCUCCACACACAGUGUGUGUGACAGUGAUGUCACGCAGGACAACAAAACAGUAAAUGCUGCGAUGUGAAGUGUUCACAACUCUAUUUAUAAAAUAUGAUGAUGUGCAAAACACCAAAACCCAUAUUUCAUAGAAAAUAGCACAAAGACAACUUACGAAAUGUUAAAACCAAGAAUUUUUUUUGGUAAAUAAUGUCAUUUUGAAUUUAAUGGCAGCAACAUUUUAAAAAAAAAAAGUUGGGACAAAAGGCUGAAGAAGUUGUGAAAUGCUAAAAAGAAAACACCUUUGGGAAUAUCUCACAAUUCUUUUGGGAAACGCAGUUGUAGCUGUAAGAAAAUAUCUGUGACAGAGAUGGUUUCAUAUGAAGGCAUGAAGGAAAAACACAAGCUUUGGAUCUAUGGUGAUACUUUAAAUGAAGUAUUAUUCCCUUUUUU